AGAUAUGGAGUAAACAAAAUAAUUGAGGUAUCAGCCAUCAAUGUAAUGAUAUUAUGCUUAUUUUCAAAGCAUAACUAUGAAGGAAAUGUAUAUUUCUGCCUAGUUUUACGGAUCCCGGCUGCAAUCGGCGCAGUGCUGGAACGGCCGUGUGGUACAGCAGCAGGCAGCAGGGAAGGAUGUACCGGUGCGGGGGCCUCGUCUCGCGGGUCACUAAGUCCUCCAGAGCGGCGGACUGCGUCAGGAGGACUGGAGGGGCGACUGUUCGCUCAAGCAGGGAAUAUGGCAAUGUCCCAUUCAAACCCCCCACCAUGAAUGACCUGCCCCAACCUCAAGGAUCCUGGACUCAAAGAUAUGAACGCUUGCAAAGGAGGUACAACUUACAGCUGGCAGCCGGCAUUGGAGUUGCUACUUUCACCCUCUUCUUUGUUAAGCAGAGUGGCCUGCUACCCCUGGCAACUGGACCAGGCAAACCAAAGUUUCCCAAGGCAGCACCUGUAGUUGCUGAAGAGGAAGAAGAAACUUCUGUAGAGGAAUCUGUUGAGCCUGUUGAAUCUCCUGCUGAAGAAGCUGCACCUGCCCCAGUUGAGGAAGCUGUACCUGCCCCAACUGAAGAAGCUGCACCUGCCCCAGUUGAGGAAGCUGCACCUGCCCCAGUUGAGGAAGCUGCACCUGCCCCAGUUGAGGAAGCUGCACCUGCCCCAGUUGAAGCUUCUGCUGCUGCUGUGGAAGAAGCCCCUAGUGCUCCUCCUUCCCAGGAACCUCUUGUACCAGAGCCAUCUGCACCGGCAGCUACUGUUGAGGAAACUUCUGCUGCUCCAGAAUCAAAAAGCCCAUCCCAUGAAGAAACCAUACAGCCUUUAUCAGUUGAGGAAACUAAUGAAAAUGUGGUUGAACUGACUGAAACACCAGAGACUGAAAAUGCAGUUGUGUCUCUGCAGUCCAUGUCCAAUAUUGAAGCAGAAUCUGGCAUAAAAGAUGAAAGGUCUGCAGAUCAACAAGAUAGUGAGGGUGUAGUCUGUGUUGUCCCUCCAGCCAGUUCUCCUGAUGAAGUGCCUUCCUCAGUAGAUCCUAUUUCUCCUGUUGAAUCUGCUUCCUCCCCUGAAUUGGCUUCAACCCCUGAAUCAACACUGGCAUGUUCAGCACCAGAACUAAUUGAAGGGGAUGAAACUGUAAACAAAAUUGACCCCUCCCCGGAAGCUAAAGGUGCAGCAAAGGCAGUACCAGAACAUGUGACUUACCUCAUCGUGGGUGCCGGCACAUCCUCUGUAGCAGCUUUCAGGGCCAUAAAGAGCAGGGAUGCUAAAGCAAAGAUCCUAGUGGUGUCUGGGGAGGGCGAGAGUCCUUACAUGAGACCACCACUUAGUAAGGAGUUAUGGUAUACUGAGGAUCUUGAGGCAGCAAAGUUGCUUCGCUUUAAGCAAUGGAAUGGGAAAGAGAGAAGCAUUUUCUUUGAGCAUGAAGACUACUACACUCCAGUGACUGAAUUGGAUUCAAGAGAAAAUGGCGGCAUCUCUGUGCUGCGAGGACGACAGGUGGUCAAGCUGGAUCCACACAAAAAACGAGUGUAUUUGGAUGAUGGAAGUGAAAUAUCUUAUGACAAAUGUCUUCUUGCAACAGGUGGGUCUCCAAAAACAUUGUCAGUGUUUGAGAAGGCUGGAGAAGACAUCAGCAAGAAUGUUACUCUGUUCCGCACCAUUGCUGACUACAGGCAGCUGAAUGAAGUGGCCCAACAAGGCAAACACAUCACUAUUAUUGGAGGAGGAUUUCUGGGUUCAGAACUUGCCUGUGCACUUGGGCACAAAUCCAAAACCACGAAGGGGUCAGUGACGCAAGUGUACCCUGAAUCCGGGAACAUGGGAAGGAUCUUACCAGAGUACCUCUCCAAGUGGACCACUGAAAAAGUCAAAUCUGAAGGUGUCAGUGUCAUCACAGAUUCUGCUGUUCAAGAUAUAAAAAAAACUGAAGAUGGCAAGCUUUCAUUGUCACUCAACACUGGCAAAGAGAUUGUGACCGACCAUGUGGUUUUGGCUGUGGGUCUGGAGCCUAAUGUGGAGCUGGCACAUUCCUCAGGCCUGGAGUUGGAUGACACCCAUGGAGGUUUCAGAGUUAAUGCAGAGUUAGAAGCUCGAUCAAACUUGUGGGUGGCUGGUGAUGCAGCUUGCUUCUAUGACAUUAAGUUGGGACGUCGACGAGUGGAGCACCAUGAUCAUGCUAUUGUCUCAGGCAGACUAGCUGGGGAGAACAUGACUGGAGCUGGUAAGCCCUAUUGGCAUCAGUCUAUGUUCUGGUCAGACUUGGGACCUGAAGUUGGCUAUGAAGCCAUUGGCAUUGUUGACUCCUCCUUACCUACUGUGGGCGUCUUUGCUAAGGCUACCACCAAGGACACGCCAAAGGCUGUGGUUGAGGCAACUGGAGAGGGCUUGAGAUCUGAAACUGAACAGACUGCAGAUACUAGUUCUCUGGUCCACUCCAGUGCUCCUCAUGCUCCAUUAAAGGGGGAAGACUAUGGCAAGGGAAUAAUCUUUUACCUCAGAGACAACAUUGUGGUGGGCAUCGUCCUCUGGAAUGUCUUCAACCGUAUGCCAAUUGCAAGAAAGAUUAUCAAGGAUGGCAAAAGUUAUGAUGACUUAAAUGAAGUUGCCAAGCUUUUCAGUUUACAUUCAGAAUAAAGAAAUUACGUAAGUAUGCUCAAGGGUCGUAGAUAUUUUAUGCUUGGGCUUGUACCUGCGUAAACAAAGAAGAAAAAGAAAAGUGAUACUUGCAGGGCUGGUGCCAUACUUUAUUCUAAUGGAAGUCAAAUUAAAAUGUUCAGUACUGUUGAAAAUUGUUUCCUAGAAAAAGCUUAGCCUGUGUUAGGUCAGUGUUCAGCUACUUUUGAAUAUUAGUCUUGCUGGUGAUGGUUAUAGUUGUCAUAGUUUUAUUUAUCACAACUUCCACAGUGUAUGAAAUUUUUCUUUGACUGUCAGAUUGAAGGUUCUUGAAUGUACUGUAAUAAGUUGUUGUGGCAUCUGAAAUUGUUUUUGGUGAUUUACUAUGAAUGAUGAUGUUUGCACUCUCUAAGAAAUUCCUGAACUCAUAUUUAGAAUUAAUAGGGGUGUAUCACUGCACUAUAUGGCACUAGUGUGGCCUUCAACUUUUGUAACCCUUUUGGAUGCAACAUCAGAAUUUUGGGCAAAGAAACUUAAUCUUUCAAAUGUGAUGAAUUUGAGUGCUGAGUAAUCCUAGAUGUUUACUAGCUGCUGAAACUUUAGGAGUUACAGAGCAUUAAAUUUGAAUUUGUGGACUAUCGUGGUAGUGGGGAAUAAGGCCUGAACAUGACAUACAAUAUUAUGCUCUUCACUAAUUUGUUGGAAAGACAUCCAAGACAUUGUUAAAGAUGGGCCCAUAUACUUAUAAGGAAAUUGGGUCUUUGACUUAAGUUGCAUCAUAACCAACAUGUCUUUAUCCUAGCUGGGAUGAAGUCUCGUGUGUUGAUCUCAGUCAUUCACUUAAGUGGGAGAAAGCACCGUUGCCAGCAAAGGCAAGUUACCUCAAGAGAUCAGUUUUCUAAUAUUAAAAUUUAUGGGUAAGAAUACCUGACAGCGGUAAAAAUAUUGAGGAAAAAUAAACCACGUUCAUUAUAAAAUUGUUUGAUGAGGCUACAAUAAGUUUUUGACUCAUUUGCAAGUUAUAACAAUUAAUAGUUUCAAAACCUUAUCAGGAGGACACAUGGGGCUGCAUAUUUUGGAAAAUAUGAAAUUUGCUGUAUAUACGUAAAGGACCUAAUACAUAUUGGUUCUGCCCCCCAUAGAAAUGUUCCUGCUGACUUCCCUAGCUGUUUUUACAUUCUUUCUCAUGGUUUUUUUUUUUUGGAGGUUUGAAGGAAAAUGAGAUAUCGGCCUGACCUAUCAUGACAAAAAGACCCUGGGCAAUGCAGCCACUGCCGCUGCUCCAGCCGUGUUGUCAUCUGCAGGACGAGUCUGAAGCGAAGACCCAGGCCUUAUUCCACCUCUCACCCAACUUUAUCUAAGGAACAAAUCUCGGGCUCGCUAUGAUGUCAUAGGAGAAACACCACGGGAUUUAGGAUGAUGCGUGGCCAUUUUGAUUGCUUAACCCCUUCGUCACUGGGACUCGCCCCCGCUCCCGCAUUAACGCCCUCCCGCCGAACCGGAUUUUUCUAUCUGUGCAACUCGAAAAUUACGAACUCUGUAGCAGCACCUGCAAGCUGUAAUGGAGGUGCUGGCACUGCUUUGGCAGCCAUGUCUCACUCAUCAACCCCACUCUCCUCGCUGCUGCUCACAUCAGGAUCAUUUUCCGGCAAGUACUCCUCAUCACUAUCGCUAACAGUAAUAUCUGUGUACCGUCAUUGUCCGAGCCCUCAAACUCCGUUCCUACACCAUUGUCUGAAUCACAGGCAGGAGACACCAUAGGGGACAUAGCCUCAGGCAGUAAUGCGAGUGUGACGAGUACUGAGAGGCAAUUGAGAGGGGCUGGCAAGGCCGCUGCUCAAGGCUGCAUGGCUUAGGUGCCAAUAGCAGUUUUUACUUCCAACAUAGUAUAUUCUAUAUGAUACAGACAAAGGUAUGUAUAUAGAAACAUAAAAAAAAGUUAAAAUACCCCAAAUAAACAAAUGGAUGUAGUUGGCAUUUAUUAGUGCCUCUUUAGAGUGCCAUACGGGAUGGCAUGAAGUCAUUGCAUGGAUGCCAUAGGCCACAAUAUGAGGGCUUGCCUAUACAUGCCAAACCGAGUUUUGGUAAGGCUCCAUACACCCUCAACUUAUGAUGAUGUACGCAUGUACAACAUCGGUUCCUCAGUCAAACUUCAGUUAUGUUGUACGCGUGUACAACAUUUCGGAAAUCCGGUAAUGAAGGGGUUAAGGGGAGCGUCCGCCACAUCUUUAAUUAUUAACGUAUGAUCCUGAUUAUAUUCAUGUGAAAUGUAUGCUUAUGGAGAAGUAAUAUACGCUUACUUUCAAAUCUAUCUAUAAGUCGAUACAUAAUAGGAAAAAAUAAAAUUUAAACAAAACUCAACUCAAAAUUCCUCUCUCAUCUAAUGACCUACGCUGCUGAAAAAAAAUACCACUUCACUCUGCCUGCAUGUGUCGCGCACCGUGAUGGUUGCGGCGAGUGACAUGUUGCUAUAAAUAACUGUUUUCAAUAUGUGGAGCUUUAUCUGCAUUCUGAUUACAUUAUUGUGUUCACGAGAGAUUUUCCUAUGUAACGUAAUAAUAUAUUUCUGCAGUCAAUGAACAACUGUUGAAAACAGCGAGCAUAAUUAAAACUAUAACAUGUUAUAAAUAUUUUUUUAACAUCUUCACAGUUCAACUAGUCGUAAUACCAUUUUCUUUUUUGUUUUGUCAAGUUUUUACAAUACAUCUUGAUUAUACAGUCACUGCUGAGUCUACUGGUGUCAACCAAAACUGGCUAUCUUGUAUAUGAGGUGAGCUAUGGCAUAUAAUAAACAAACAUGUCCCACUAGACUGACUAGAGCAUGCAAGAUGUGGUCCGACAUGAAUGUUAGCGAGAGAGCGGUGCAGCCAAUCAGCUGCAACCUUUCCAACUUGCCUAGGCACCAGGAAUCUAGCUCAAGUGAACAAGAUAUAGUUUGCCUCAAGAUGCCAUGCAAAUAUUCUUUUAGGCUAUUUUCUACGCAGAAACAUGAUGAUGUAUGCACCUGUGUAUGAAAAUAGCUUUUUUUUUUUUUUUUAUUAUAUUUUUAUUUAUUUAUUUAUGUCUAUAGCACCAGUAGACUUUCUUGAGGGGCCAUAAUGGUAGUCGGCCCCAGCCCGUCAUGGCGCAGGCAAGUGUGUUAUAGUGACGUAAGUGAUGAGCGGAAGAGGGUGGAUGGGUGGGGGGGAUUCACCCUUAACUCUGUCAUUUUUGGUUAUUUCUUCAUAAUAUUUUGCCACAAGCUAGCCGAGGCAUGUACGAAGACGUGAAUUUUUACAAUUUUGUCGAUUUUUAUUUAUUUAUUUAUUUUUUUAUUAUCCACUGCGGAAGGUCACCUUAAGAUGAGCCUAACAUGGAGUGUUAGCUUCAUAAGUAUGAGCCCUGAAUGAUAAAACUUUGCUCAAGAACUUGAUGGAGCAUCUCAGCAGGUUACGUAAUUAUAUAUAAACAUUGCAGGGGUGCUUAUACUUUUCUGUUUUGAUCUUACAAUCAAGCUUCACCUAUUUUUUCAAUGUACCUUUAUGGUGUAUUCCAGCAGUGAAAGUAUGUUAUGAAUGGCAAAUUGAACAUAAUUGCCACAUUUUGCCAUCCACAACUAGCUGACCAGCCAGGAUAAGCCCCAAAUGUGCCAUUAACUUGAGACACCCAAGGUUUACAAUUAUAACUCGGUGUCAUUAAUACAGUUCUGGAAAGUAAGCCUGAAACAGUUUGCAGUGAGAGGUGACAGUCGGUUCCCUGCACUAAUAAAGUACUCUUGAUUUGGAUGGAUGCAAGUGGGGUUGUUACUAAUUCUUAUACCCAUUUCCACACUUACUACUGUAGUUAAAAAUUGGUGCCAAAUUUAUCAAAAGGCCUUGCUAUUAGAAUGAGGACUAAUGAAAUCCAUAAAGAUCUGUUGGAGGUUAAGUCUGGUGCCUGCACAUGUUAUGGGUAUUGUGUUCAGCAAUGUACAUGUUAGGUGGAGGAAGCUACCAUCACAGGUACUUCAUUGUCAUAUAAUUUACUGGCAAAAAUAGAAUGGUAUAUACAGCUAAAUAACAUAAUAUUAUCUUUCUGUAUCUGCUACUGGCACCAGGUUCUUUCUGGGAAAUGUUACCACUGAGGCCAAGGUAAAUUUUUUUUGCUUUUAGUGUCUAGGCAAAGGUUUCAUACAUUCCACAGAGGGCAUUCCCAUAUAGGGGAGUUCCCAGAGGGAACAGGGCACCAAAGCUGUAGACAGAUUGAUGGAUAUUAGAGGACAUCAUGGCAAGUUAAGACUGGUAUUUGAAUAAGAUGUAAGCAUAACAGAAACAUUGUUGCCUCAGAGUCAAGCUCACUGGGAACUGACACCAGGUGAUUGUUAUCUUGACUUUAAAUUUUGUCCACUGUGAACUUGUUUCUUGGGGGAAGUGUAGGGAAUAUGUAUGCUAGGCACCAAAUCUCUCAGAAUGGCAUUUGUAUUGUCACAUACUUUGAAUUGCUAAAUUUUUGCAUUUGAUGCUAAUUAUCAAAUGUUGCCCUAUGCUCAGAUGUGUGUCCAAAGGGUUGAGGAAUGAGUGUCCACAUUCUGAUGGUCUUACCCUUGUACUGCUGCCUGUAUGUCUCUUAACAUCUCAGUAUGUAGGAGAUUCCAGAACAAAGUUUUUAACACUCAUCCAUAACUGACCUUGUGCUAUUGUAUAUAAAGUCAGCCAGCCAGCACUAGGUCAAUAGAAUUCACAUAUUAUUUUUUGGUAUGAUUUGGUCAGGUCAAACACCAAUUUCUAUUUUUACCAGUGUUCACAUUAAUGGUUGUAUUGUAUAUUAAUGGUAUUGUCAUAUGGUAUAUUUUUAUACAGUUUGCCUUUUCCUGUAUAUGCAAGGUGGCCUUCAAGAAAGAAACAGGAAAAUGAAUAAUUACAAUAACUGUAAUUAAAGUGUUUAGCUAUCUGUUUCUUUUGUUAUGUAGAAUUUUAAUAUUCCCAGGAAAGGGACUUCCAGCUCAAAACUUUUUCUCUUCAUUUACCCAUUAUGAUGACAUGGUGAAAGUACCUCAGUGGUAUUGAAAUUAGUUAUGGUCUCCAUGAGUUACAACAAUUUCAAGCUUUAGCAAUCAUCUGUAAUCAUUACAUUGACAGAAAAGACCAGCAACUCAAAACUGCUUGAUAUGCUUAGUUACCUCAGUCCAAUAAUAGGGCAUAAGAGUGUUUGCAUGUAUGAAGCAUCGAGCUCAUACAAGCAGCAGUCAAAGGGCUUUCAGAAAUAUUCCAGUUUAAUUUUCAAUACACAAAACUUUAAUUUAUUAUUUAAAAAAAAAAUAUAUAUAGGGUUCAAUUAAAAAUUUAUGUAUGCACCAUACCAAGGAGAAUAAGUUCUUUCUUUAGAGAGUUAAUGGUUGUAGUGUGUUGUGGAUCAGAAGAUUGUUGAAUGUGUAAAUAUACACUGUAAACUGUGUACAACCUGUAUAUACUGUUAGUGGUAUAAGAGUAUAUGAAAGUGAGAUUAAAAGUAUGUAUUUUA